AUGUCUUUGGCUUUGAGAAAGACACUCGGAUUCGCCCAACUCCAAGUUAGAUGCGCCAGCUUCCAAUCAAUCCCAACUAACGCUGGAAAGGUACAUUAUUUUUAUAAAUCGAAAGAAUUUAAAUAUUAAAUUCAAAAUCUGUUGCAGACUCCACCAACCCUUGAGCAAUUCGACCCACUUAACCCAGGAGAGUGGCAACUCGGAGCCGGAGGAAAAAUCCUCCCAAGACUUCCAGAAGGAACCCGUGUUGGAAAGCUCGUCAUGGGCAAAUACGGACUCUACGAUCCAGUCCUCAAGAAGAGAGUCGACACAUACGCUGUGAGUUUUCAAUUUGAUUUUUUGGAUUUAAAAAAUGGAAUUUUUCAGAAUGCUCUUCUCGCUGGAAAGAAAUCCGAAGAAGCUGGACCAUUCGACGCCGCUGUUGCUAACAUCGCUAAGGGACUCGGUGAGCUUUUUUUAAAUUUAUUUUUACUCAUAACAAUAUAGGUCACGUAUAUUUUGUUUUGUAAAAAUACAAUUUCAGUUAUUAAUUUUUGAUUUUCCAGCCUACAUCAGCUUCGUUAUCGCCAUUUACAACUUGAUUUCAUUGGCCUACGGUAAACCAUUGUCACCACUCAGCCACGUCAAAGCACCAGGAUCAUAA